AUGUUUUCAUCAGGGUACGCUGAUUUUUUAACGAUUUCGUGGGGGUACAUCUAUCUAUCUAUCUAUCUAUCUAUCUAUCUAUCUCAGACUGUUCAUUAUCUACCUGUUCAUCUAUCUAUCUAUCUAUCUAUCUAUCUAUCUCCUUACCUCCGUCGGUUCAUAUCUAUCUAUCUAUCUAUCUUCAUCUAUUUAUCUAUCUAUCUAUCUAUCUCAGGCUGUUCAUUAUCUAUUAUCUAUCUCAGACUGUUCAUUAUCUAUCAUCUAUCUAUCUAUCUAUCUCAGACUGUUCAUUAUCUAUCUAUCUAUCUAUCUAUCAAACUGUUCAUUUUUAUGUCUAUCUAUCUAUCUCAGACUGUUCAUUAUCUAUCUAUCUAUCUAUCUCAGACUGUUCAUUAUUUAUCUAUCUUGUCUUUAUCUAUCUAUCUAUCUAUCUAUCUAUCUAUCUAUCUCAGACUGUUCAUUACCUAUCUAUCUAUCUAUCUAUCUCUGACUGUCCAUUAUCUAUCUAUCUAUCUAUCUAUCUAUCUCAGACUGUUCAUUAUCUAUCUAUCUCAGACUGUUCAUUAUCUAUCUAUCUAUCAGUCUACCUAUCUAUCUAUCUAUCUAUCUAUCUCAGACUGUUCAUUAUCUAUCUAUCUAUCUAUCUAUCUAUCUAUCUUAGACUGUUCAUUAUCUAUCUCUCUAAGACUGUUCAUUAUCUAUCUAUCUAUCUAUCUAUCUAUCUGUCUAUCCGAUAUGAAGUGGAAAGAUUAUAUUGAAUCAAUUUCUAGGUUUGCUGCUCAGAAAGUUCGUUCGCUGUAUCGUCUGAGAAUACAAGGGUCGCGUAUAAAUGUUCUUUUAUAG